AUGAAGACCUGUUGGGUACAGGUAUGCGCACUAGCGAAGCAGCUGGAUAUGACGGAGCGACAGGUGGAGCGCUGGUGGAGGCUCCGUCGUUCCCAGGAGAAGCCCUCGACACUAGUCAAGUUCUGCGAGAACGCCUGGCGAUGCUUGUUCUACUUAUACAACUUCUCAUACGGCCUGUUUGUAUUGUGGGACAAGGAGUGGUUGUGGGACAUCGACCAGUGUUAUAUUGGAUACCCUCAUCAGGGGGUGACAACCGAUGUGAGUUGGUACUACAUGGUUUCAUCGGCAUUCUACUGGUCGCUGACCAUAUCCCAGUUCUGGGAUGUGCGGCGGAAGGACUUUUGGCAGAUGUUCAUACACCACCUGGCGACCAUCGCACUCCUGUCCUUCAGCUGGGUGUGCAACCUUCACAGGAUCGGUACGCUCGUGUUAUUGGUGCACGAUUGCGCUGACAUACUUCUAGAAGUUGCUAAGGCGGCGAAGUACGCGAACUACCAGAAGCUAUGCGACUCGCUGUUCGCGAUAUUCACAGUGCUCUGGAUUAUCACGAGGCUGGGAAUAUAUCCAUUUUACAUCAUCUGGAGCACAACGAUCCGCGCUCCGAUGCUGCUGCCGAUGUUCCCCGCGUACUACUUCUUCAACGCGCUGCUGUGUCUGCUGCUGUGCCUACACAUGGUGUGGACGUGGCUAAUCCUGCAGGUAGCUUACAACGCCAUCACUGCUGGAAAGUUGGACGGUGACAUAAGAAGUUCUAGUUCGGAGAUCAGCGACAGUUCGCAUCACUCCAAUCACAGCACUCCCAACCGUGUUAACCAUAAAAAGGAAAUAUAG